CGCCCUGCAAGCCCAGAGUCGCGAGCGGGCAGUGGAGGUGCGGCGGCCGAGACGGAGCUCCGUGCGAGCGGCGGCCGGACAGAGGUCAGGCUGAGGAGCUGGCGGUGGCGAGGACCUCACCGCCGACGCCGGGACUCUGCUCAGCCGGAUGCUGAUCUCUUCCGGGCAGAUUAAGCAAAGGCCAGGAGGACCGGUCUUAUCUCCUUUCCGAGUGCUGCCAUUCACAAGACCUGUGUGACAGACUGUAGCCCAAGGCCCCUGGUGCUGCCCUGUUUACCCCAGACAUCUUUCUGGGGUCCACUUGAGGUCAUCAGCGUGAUGAUGAACUGUGCCCUCCUAGCAUGACGACCUUGGACCAUGUCAUUGCCACCCACCAGUCAGAGUGGGUCUCCUUCAGCGAAGAGCCAUUGUUCCCCACCCCUUUAGAGGGGGGCGCUGAAGAGCACUUCCCAGGACUGUCGUCGUCCUCAGAGCGGUCUGAGAGCUCCUCCGGGGAGAACCAUGCCGUGGAUGAAGGCUCCCAGGACCUUUCACACUCUGAGCAGGAUGACUCCUCCGAAAAGAUGGGCCUCAUCUCUGAAGCAGCCUCCCCUCCCGGGAGCCCUGUGCAGCCCACGCCUGACCUGGCCUCAGCCAUCAGCAGCUGGGUCCAGUUUGAAGAUGACACACCCUGGAGCAACACCUCUCCACCUCACGGGGAAACAGCCCUCACAUUGACCAUGCCCUGCUGGACAUGCCCUUCCUUCGACUCUUUGAGAAGAUGCCCUUUGACGUCGGAGAGCAGUUGGACCACCCAUUCUGGGGACACCAGCAGUCCUAGUGUUGCUCCUUCAUACACAGACCUUCAGCUCAUCAAUGCUGAGGAGCAGGCAAGCGGCAGGGCUUCCGGGACUGACUCCACUGACAAUUCGUCCUCCCUCCAGGAAGAUGAAGAAGUAGAAAUGGAGGCCAUCAGUUGGUGGGCGGGCAAUCCAGCCAUGAAUGGGCAUCCUGCCGCUCCACCAGUGACCACAGCUCGUUUCCCCAGCUGGGUCACUUUUGAAGACAAUGAAGUCGGCUGCCCUUCGCAACCAGUCCCCUCUCCAAAGAAGCCAAAUACCCCAUCUGUUGCAACUGCCAUCCCAGAUGUACCUUUCAACUCAACUGGGUCCUUUAAGAGGGACCGUCCCAAGAGCACGUUGAUGAACUUAUCCAAAGUUCAAAAGCUGGACAUUUCCUCCUUAAACCGUCCACCUUCUGUAAUCGAGGCCCCACCCUGGAGGGCCACCAAUCCUUUCCUGAAUGAGACUCUGCAGGACGUACAGCCCUCGCCUAUCAACCCGUUCAGUGCUUUCUUUGAAGAGCAGGAACGGCGCUCCCAAAACAGUUCCAUUUCCAGUACCACUGGCAAAAGCCAAAGAGAUUCUCUGAUUGUCAUCUACCAGGAUGCCAUCAGCUUUGAUGAUUCAGGCAAAAGCCAGCCCCACCCUGAUGCUAUCGAAAAGCUCAAGCAACUCCAAAUUGAUGAUCCUGACCCGGUUGGCAAUACAGCCCUGCCCGAUGACGACCUGGAUGCUCCCUCACCCGCCUCAGCGCUCUCUCAGCCCAGGGAUGGAUGGCCGAUGAUGCUGAGAAUCCCCGAGAAGAAAAACAUCAUGUCCUCCAGGCACUGGGGACCAAUCUACAUCAAACUGACAGACAGCGGUUACCUGCAGCUGUAUUACGAGCAAGGCCUAGAAAAGCCGUUCAGGGAAUUCAAGCUGGAGAUCUGCCAUGAGGUGUCAGAACCCCGGCUCCAAAACUAUGAUGAGAACGGGAGGAUCCAUAGCUUGAGGAUAGACCGGGUCACUUACAAGGAGAAGAAGAAAUACCAGCCCAAACCCGCUGUGGCCCACGCAGCAGAACGAGAACAGGUAAUUAAACUGGGCACCACCAACUAUGACGACUUCCUGAGCUUCAUCCACGCGGUUCAGGACCGUCUCAUGGAUUUACCAGUGCUGUCAAUGGACCUGAGCACUGUUGGCUUGAACUACCUCGAAGAGGAGAUUACAGUGGACGUCAGAGAUGAGUUCACUGGCACAGUGAGCAAAGGAGACAACCAGAUCCUACAGCACCAUGUCUUGACUCGGAUCCACAUCCUGAGCUUCCUCUCUGGGCUCGCCGAGUGCCGCUUGGGCCUCAAUGACAUCCUUAUCAAAGGGAACGAAAUCGUCUCGCGGCAGGACAUCAUGCCCACCACCACCACAAAGUGGAUCAAGCUCCACGAGUGCCGUUUCCAUGGGUGCGUGGACGAGGACGUGUUUACCAGUUCCCGGGUUAUUCUGUUCAACCCUUUGGACGCUUGCCGGUUUGAGCUAAUGAGGUUUAGGACAGUGUUUGCGGAGAAGGCCUUGCCCUUCACACUCAGGACUGCAGCGAGCAUUAACGGGGCAGAAGUGGAGGUGCAGAGCUGGCUGAGGAUGUCUCCCGGCUUCUCUUCCAACCGCGACCCUCUCACUCAGGUUCCCUGUGAGAACGUAAUGGUCCGCUACCCAGUGCCCAGUGAGUGGGUGAAAAACUUCCGCAGGGAAAGCGUUCUAGGGGAAAAGUCUUUGAAAGCCAAAGUGAACCGUGGGGCAAGUUUUGGCUCUGCUGGUGUCUCUGGCUCUGAGCCCGUCAUGAGAGUAUCUCUGGGAACGGCCAAGUAUGAGCACGCCUUCAACUCCAUUGUGUGGAGGAUAAACCGGCUGCCAGACAAGAACUCAGCCUCUGGCCACCCACACUGUUUCUUUUGCCACCUUGAGCUUGGCUCUGACCGGGAAGUGCCUUCCAGAUUUGCCAAUUAUGUAAACGUCGAGUUCAGCAUGCCCACGACUUCUGCCUCCAAAGCAGCUGUGAGAUCCGUCUCUGUGGAAGACAAGCAGGAUGUCAGGAAGUGGGUCAAUUAUUCCGCACACUACAGCUACAAGGUGGAAAUUGAACAGAAAAAGAGUUUGAAGCCAGACUUUGAUGGAGAGGAUUUGGAAAACCCACAGGAAUGUGGGGUACAGUGACAGUGACCCUCCUCAAGGAACCGAGGACUUCUUCCUGAAGAACUCAAGUUUAAGUCAACACCUGCUGUGGCUGCUCCACGUGCCGUGCUGGCAGUCUACCUCUGUUUCCUGUGUGCAGUUCCCUGUGGGCCACAGAGAAUCCUGAGGGGGCUGCUUUCAAUAGGCGCUUUGACGCUGAGCAUGCCUGAAGCACGGGGCGCACUUGGCUUCCGGAGUUUACUAUGUAUUGAGCCUCCUUGUCUCUUUUCUGCUUAUAUCGUGGCACUGGUAUGUGGUUUGUGGUGACAAUUAGAGACCCAAAAAGAACUUCCAACAUCAGUCUUGGCACAAUUUGCCCCUAGUACUCACAUGCCACUUGUAUGUUUAUGGGGAAAAAAAAUGGCCUUGACAGUUUAUUAGGAAUCCACCCUGUUGCUCCCUCUAUCUCUAUAAAAGAUUCUUCCAAAGCCAUUUCUUUGAGCCUCCUUUUCUAGAUACCUCCAUUUAUUUUUAAAUGUUGGCAUUCUGUAGCAGAGGUUUUCGAAAUGUUUCCCUUCUAGUUCUGGAUUUAUUCAAGAUCAAAAUACUCUUUCACCUUUCUUCCAUUUGCUAUCCCAAAUCAUGGUGCACAGUGGGAAAGGUCCUAUCUGAUAUUUUCAAAUUUAGGUUUUGGAGCUUAAUUCUACAAAUGGAAUAGAUUGGAUUAAUACUCUGUUGGAAAACACACACACACACACACAACAACAACUUCUUUUUCUUCCCUUGAAGGAAAAGGGGGCAUUAAAUGUAAGCUUAUCAGUUUAGAAGAUAGCUUCAGUCGUAAGAUAUGCCAGAUUCUCACUGGUCACUUUUAAUUCCUGAAAUACAGGCAUGGCUAUAAUUUCAUGUGUUUAGAAGAGACACUUGGAAUUUCUUUUUAUACCUCAUAUACAAUGACUGUUACACAUCUCUUCCCUCACAGUUUAAAGGAAAUUUAAGCUAAAAAAAAAAUUAUUGUAAAAGCUGAGUUUGAAUGAGCUUUACCCCAAAUUCCUAGGUUGGUAGUUAUUAAUAUUAUGAAAGUUCAAAAGGCACCGGGCAGUGGGCGCACUCCUUUAAUCCCAGCACUUGGGAGGCAGAGGCAGGUGGAUUUCUGAAUUCAAGGUCUCCCUGGUCUACAGAGUGAGUUCCAGGACAGCCAGGACUACAGAGAGAAACCCUGUCUCAAAAAACAGAAACCAAAACAAAACAAAAAGGCAGAAGGCUCCCGCAUAGGGCUGAGGAAAGCCAGUAUCCCAGUGUCAUGAACGUGAAACCCCGAUUCUAAGACUCAGGCCAGACUCAUUUUCCCUCACCCGUUCCUAUCCUGCCCCGGCUGCUUUGUACUCUAGUGACUUCUCUCCUGAAGAAAAAAAAAAUGAGAGGGCAGAAUGCAUAUUUUAUCAAACUUGGGAAAUGCAUGGAAAUAAAUAGAAAAUGCCUACAGUUUGGGACUAAGUGAUUCAAGCUUUUUUUUUUUUCAGCUCAUAUUUAGUGAGCUAUGUACUGACUUAGACAUUAGAAGUCAUUGCAGUGUUUUGAACCAUGUGUUUAACUCUCUAGAUUGAAAUAGAAAGAACGAGCUGCAUAGGCCUAGAUAAGAAGACCUGUAAUUUGAGUUUUUAAAAUGCCACCCUUUCAGCACAGAGGUGUGUGUGUGUGUGUGUGUUGAUGAGAACUAGGGAGACUUGAUAUAGCAGUCCAUAUAGAAAUGUUUUCUCCACCAGUUCAGUCUUGAACCAGGAAUAAAUCACAACUCUUCACAAAGCUAAUGCCUUCCACCUGUGGUGGUAGGUCUUCAACAGCUGUGCAUGAUACAGUGGCCAGCACACUCCUGAAUGGAGAGUUAUGUUCAAGUAUAGCUACUGUAUUUUAGGGGAGACAUUAGAAUUGACCAUAUCCACAGGCAGGUGACCAGGUUUGUAAAGAUCCUGGUUAUGUAAGGAACAGAGGGGGCAGCUCUCCUGCAGAACAGAGGGCAUAGCCGGGACAGGAGUGCAGGGAAGUUGGGAAAUGAAGUGAUGGCCAAUAACUAACUCAGGGUUUCCACUGAGCUAUGAAAAGGAAGAGAGGAGUUAGCUGGAGUUUACGUAACUUCAAAGGCAAAAAA